UGGCCUAUGAAAAACACAUGCUAAAUGUAUUUUAGUCGCGUGUUACUCGGCAGACUCUUUGGUUGUUAGUCCGGUUCCAAAUUUAAAGCAAUGAGUUCCGUUCCCGUGGUCGGUCCCAAGCCUUCCCAGGUCACCUGCCCAUCAUGCAAAUCCAGCAUCAUGAGCAAGGUCAAGCACAAGCCAACCACCAAGACUCAUCUCAUUGCCCUGCUGUUGUGCCUGUGUCUGUGCUGGCCAUGUGUUUGCGUGCCAUACUGCGUUGACUCCUGCAGGAACGCCGACCACUACUGCCCAAGCUGCAACGCCUACAUCGGCACUUACCAAUCUUAAUACUCAGACAUCUGUACCUGUAUACCUCAUUAUAAUAAGUAUUAUGUUAAUGAUUUUUUAUAACCCAUCGAUGAGUCGUUUAAAGUUCACAAAAGUUUAUGGCACGAGUGAAGAGUAACUGUAUUAGUUUAAAAAAUAAUGUUUCCAUGAUUAGUCACUUAAAUAUAGU